AUGUACGCCGGCUACGACAGCAUGGUCGACCUGUGCGUGCAGAGCGUGAUGGCCUCCGUGAAGAACAUGACGACCGAGCAGCUGCAGAAACUGCUCGACAACGACGCCCAAAUGGAGGCGAUGAUCGAGGAGUUGCCGCAGAUCCGCAACCAGCCCCAAGACAAAAAGGCCGAGCUCGCGCAGAACAAGUCGCUGGCCGAGUGGAAUUUGGCGCAGGAACCCCGAAUCAGCCAGAUGAAAGACCAGCUCCGCGAGACGCACACGCGGGCCACGCAACUGAAAACGGACGUCGAACGGCUGAAGGGGCAACUUGAUCAAUCCGGCAACGAGCGAUCGCUGGAGACGACAAGCGCCCUGCUGCAGAUUGAGGCCCAGAAAACGGAAGAGGAGGCUGAGGAAAUCGCGCAGCAAUUCGAGGAGGGUGCGCUCACGCCGGACGUGUUUAUCAAGACGUUUUUGGCGAAAAAGAAGCUGGCGCAUACGAGAAAAAUCAAGUCCGAUCGCCUCACAAAAUUGCUGCAAGACCAGCUGUACAACACGCCGAUGGGCGGCGGCCGGCCGACGUCGAUGGUCCAACCGCCAUACCCAACGUCGUACCCGGAAAUCCCGCAGCCGAACGUCAACCGGCACUCGCUGUGG